AUGCGGGUUGAUGGAAAUAUCAAGUGGCAGCAGCUUCUGGCUGUUAUUGCUACCUUGAAGGGAUACCACGUGUCUGCGAAUGGUGACGACGUCGAGAACGCCAAUCCUGGUGGUAAUGGUAACGGUAACGGUAACGGUGGCGGGAUAACUCCUACAUGGGGACAAAGCCCAAGUAGAGGGUUUACAUUUCCAAGUCCGCCUUAUACACCUCAAACUGGGAUACAGAAUACUCUUGAUACUAGCAGGACUAGUCAUAGUGGUAUGGCAAAUAGUCUAGCUUCAGGACGAGGCAAUAGUUUCCUACUACCACCAAAUGCAAAUCCUUUACUCAGCCAGCCUGGGAGAAUAUUAACGUCGUCCUACCGACCGCCGAAUUAUGAUAAUAGUUAUAGCAUACAUCGCAGCAAUAACAAUAGCAAUAGUCCAGAUAACUCUGGAUACGAUAGUCCUGAUGAAGAUCUUCCGGAAACCGAACCGGAUGAGCUAUUAUACCCGAGAAUAGGCCAGCGGACAUCGCUUUUCUCAGAUAAUCCGAGUCGAAUGUUAGAAAAGGGUCUGUUUGAUAGAGGGUCGACGACUCCAGGGAUGACUUUGGGGACUGCUAUUAAGGCUCUGGGGAUCAAAGAACCCGAAGAGAAUAUUAAAAAUAUCUGGCCCUUAAUUGAUCUACAGAAAACACCGCCAACUAGUGAAGCUAAUACCCCCCGUUAUGAUCUUAUAAGCGGACAGACUACACCGCGGUAUGAUCUUAGUGGGCAGAAUACACCACGUUAUGAUAUGAGCGGGGGUUUUACAUCACGUCACGAUAGUAGGCGGACGUCGAGAUAUGGAAGUCCACUUGCGAGAGAUAGGUUCACGAUAGCGGAUCCGAUCUCGGUAGCUAGUAUGGGGGACGAUGAAGGGAAUGUUGAGGAUGAUGAAGAAGAAGAAUUGGCAGUGAAUGUACCGGUGUUUGGAAGGGCGACGGAUUACCCUGGCUUGGAAUUUACGGGGCCGAAGAAAGUUAAUCCAAUCGAUGUUGAUACGGGGACUAUUUUUAUAUCGGCAACUACAGAGAAAGACAUUCCAGCCGAGCCAGGGAUUCCAUCCCUACAAUCAAUCCCACAGGAUACGACUGACCCGUUAUAUCCAAAAGCGUUCGUGAUCACACCCGGCGGCGCCAGCAGCGCAGCAACAAAAAUAAACGCUAUCGUUAGCGAAAAGAAGGAUUACCUGGGAAACCCUCAGAUGAUACUAGUGGCCCAAUAUCGAGACGUUAACCCUAAUCCCAGCAAAUGGAUUGUAGACAAAGCGAAUGGCGGGGUCCUUCGACUCGCCGGUACUCCUUAUUUCGUUUAUUUAUGUCACAGACCUAGUGAAAAGGUUCCGUUUCUGGUAGGGAAUUGGAAUGAAUUUGACAAAGUCUCGAAGACUUGUGUUGGCGAGAAUACAGGUUACUUCUAUUAUAUGGGAUGGGAAGUAGUUCCGUCGACGCCAAAAGCCGGGCUUCCUGCAACGGCUGCUGAGGCUGAAGUACAAUUCAACAACCCCAAGUUAAAGUCGCUUAAUAAAGAGGGAGUCUUCAAUAUCAGAUUCCCUCCGGGUGAUAAAGACUAUUUAUGGGAUACUGCUAAAGACGGCCGAAUUAGGCUACCAAGAUAUGUACAGGUUACGACAUUGCCCAGUUCAAAGGUUAAACAGGUAGUCGGGACCGCGAUGAGCGAGGACCGUCGGUUUUGGAUGUACGUGGGCAAUGUGAUUCCCACGGGGAAUGACGUACCAAAAGGAUGGACGGCCGCAGAAGUUUUGGCCGGGGAUCCUAUCCAGAUACAGGAGCAUCAUUUUAGGUUCUUAACGGAGAUUGAUCCGAAGCGCUAUACUUUUGGAACAGAACGUAAGUACGGAGCAGAGGUUGCUAUGGCUAGUCUGGAAGGUUUUCCUAAGCCUGGUGUCUGGUCCUAUAAUGUUACGCGGAAUCGGAUAUACAAACUGGGCACAAAAAGAUUCAUUUAUACAUGUAGGAGCGAGGAUAAGGGAGGCGCAUUUCUACUUUCUGGGCUUUACGCUGAGGCUUUGAAGGAUUGUGGGAAAAAAGAUUGGAUACAUCCGAUACACCCGAAGUUUGAAGAUCAUAUUGGGAGCCAUGGGCGACUUUCAGUAUCUCUAGGCAGGGGUGUCUUAUGGGUAACUCCGGAUCCGGAUUUUACGACACCGGGUUUAGCUUACAAUGAAAUGGGGGUACCGUUAGUUGGGAGGUUGAUGACAUUGGGGAAACCUGACUAUAGCGGGAUGUCGACCAAAAAAAUUGCAGAAGCAAGGGAGUAUAGAGCAGAGGCGACAAUUAUUACUGAGGUAUUCGUGGUGGACGUAAAGAAGACCUAUACGCAAUAA